AUCAUACCAAAAUCUGAAAUAUAAUGUAGUAUAAGGUUACAUCGAACAUGAUUAAUGUUGAACUACUAAAAUAUACAGUAUGUAUCACUGCAACAUAUCAGCAAUUAGAUAGUCGGUGCAAAAAUGCCACUCUACAGUUGACCUCAAACAGAACGCUUCGACCCGACUCGCGGCGCUAGGAUUGUCUCGACCCACCGCCGCCGCCGCCGCCACCUCGCCCAGCGCCGCCGCGGACAGUUCCUCCGCCCCCCUCCUCUCCCCAAGGGAAGCACCGGCUAGCCGCCUCUCGUUCCCCCGCCAGGUGCUCCGCCUGCGCCUGCCCCCGCUCUGCUCCGCCGUCUGCUCCUCCCUACCCCCAGCCGUUGCCGCCUGCUCCUCCCUGCCUCUUGACGCCGCAUUCGACCGUCCCCCACGCCCCAGUCCCCGGCGCCAUCAGGUAGACGCGGUCGCCAACGCCAACCGGUUCCAGGUUGACGUUGAGCCGAGCGCGGUGUUCUUCUCCACCCUCUACGUGUUACAGUUCAAUUCGUUGUCAAAACUGCAUCAUGCCCCAGUGGGAGAUACAAUUUGUUAAUUUGGUUAUGUCGGCACAUGUCCUGAUGAGCAUAGAUACAACCCAACCCUUUGCGCAUAUAGUGACAGAUGAGAAGGCUGUCCUACUUUUUCUGUUUCCUCACUAGUAUUGUUCAGUAACAAAGAUAUAGAGUAUUUUUUAGUAUGCUGUGCUUGUACACGUGUUGUUGUAUCUUGUAUGUACCUAAUUAUUCAAUUUCCCAGUGCAAUUUUGCUAGUAUGAUGUAGAGACGAGAACAUCGUGUCAUGUGACAUGCUUUUUCAGCGGACGGGGAUGUCAUAAUGCAGACGCCAGAUAUACAUCAUUUAUACCAUGUCUAUGUACUCAUCAGGAUGCUUCUUCAUGCCAUAUAGCCAGCUGUGUUUGAACUAGUUCACUUUUCUCUCUUCUUAUGUAAAUGCUUCUUGCUCUACUCUAUUCUGAGCCACAUAUAUCCCUAAACUUCAUUAUGGCCCAUUGCAACAUUGAUGAUUGCUUCAACUUCUUUAGAUCCAUUGUUAACAUUGAUAAUUGUAUUCCUUUUUUUUUAUAAUUGUAUCUAAUUCUCUUAGAUAUUUAAUGAUUUCAUUUAUCAACCAGCUUAUAUACUUUUGCAAGAUUUCCUUGGUAAGAUAUACUAAUUCACCCUGCAGUUAGUGGAUUGAUAGUAGGAACUGACACUAAACGUUUAAAUAGGAGAAUAUGAACUGCGGCCUGGGGUAAUUAGAGCUAUUUAUGGGAGACAAAGUCUCCUAUUUUUGUGUGUUUAGUGUUUGCAUUUUGUUGCUUCUAUCACAUAACUUGGAUCACCCUUGAAAACCCUCGAAGAUUUUGUGGGUAUCUUGUUAUCGUAUGGCACAUGUAUUUUUAUUAAGUAAUUUUGUAUAAUAAUGAAAAGCAGUUGACAUUGUUUUGCAGUUUUAACAUGGAUCCCAACAUGAAGGAGCUUCAAGGGACUCUGAUUGACAUAGAAACAGACGCGGAGCAACUUCUUCUGGCAAGGCAUCAGCUAGUGGAGAAUGAUAGGAUGAGGAAUGCUAACAGGGAGGCCCUAACAGCCCUCCGGAAAAGAGCCAAGACAACUAAAACCAGUGUUGCAUCUCCAUUUGAGAUCGUAAUGAAAGAGGUGGAAGGAACUUCUGCCAAACAGCUAGUAAAGGAGAUAUGCUCAACCUGCGGGAAUCACGACCCCAAAGAACAGACCUGGCUAAUGUUUUCAGGCUCGGAUAUUUUUGCUCGUGUUCCAUUUCAUGUAGCACACACUGUUCUGGACAAAGAUCAAGAGCACCUAGACUACGACACCAAGAAGCUGCAGAGCUUUGUCAAGGAGAAAUCGUUUGCGAUCUCCGAGAAAGGCGCCCUUGCGGACAAAAUCAGCCCGGGCAUCGUGAGAUCCCUCGUCAGCCUUGCAGAUAAACCUAAGUAGUAGGCACAUGCCUCAAGGGGCGAAUGAAUCAUGCCCGCCGGUCCCAGUCCUCGACAACUCGAACAUCUCCUAAGAUGAAGCUUCUGCCGGGUUCACCAAUCGUGUUUACUGACAGCCUUGAUGUUUUACCCGUGUCUUGUUUCGGUUUUGCCGUGCUGUGAGAUUGGGUUGUUGCUACGAACGAGAGAAGUGUGGUCGAUCGGACAUUUAACCCUUGUUACCUAUCAUCACUAGGUGUGGUGUGUUGGCAAACCGGAGUCCUGAACCUGAACCUGUUCCCCUACCCUGUUAUCUCCAUUCAUAUAUGAAGUCGUAACAGUAUCAUGCCGGGAAAGUUUUAUCUAUUUAUUUGUGUACCGUUCUUAACUGAGGACAUGCUUAUACGGUGGGCGGGAAAGAUCCCAUUUUCUCUUGGAUGACACGUUUAUCUUCGGUUUGUGGCGAAUCUGAAAUUGAAACGGUGGUUUCCAUGCGCAGGUACUAGAUAUGAAGGACACGUUGAGAAAGAUGGGGAGGCACUGCCGAUGAAUGUGCCUGGACAUGGAGAGCCAUGCGGUUGGCAGAUAUUUGCCCUUUGCACUGUAUAUAGAGCGGCAAUGAGGUUGGCAACCUUGAAUGGUGCGAAGGGCGUGAGAUAUCUUGGCCUUUUGGUGUGAGGGGUGAGGGGGAGCCCAGCACAGCACCUUUUGUUGUACAGGGAGAUGUGGGCUAUCUAUCUCUGGUGGCCAUGAUCGGCUGCUCUCUGCAAGUAAGUAACUGAUGAGGUUUGCGAUGAUGAUGAUGAUGAUGGCUGGCUGGCUGGCUGUAG